CACCGCCACACAGUGCCUAACAACUCUUUCCGCCGUGGUGACCCGAUGCAGAAACACACACACACACACACACACAAUGCCUAACAACGCUCUGGCAUCGCACAGCCCCCCCACCCCACCCCUCCUCCCUUUCAUACACACAUCCCAACCCCAUAUGCCUCUCCAUUCCUUUAACCAGCCUCUUUCGUUCGCGGCUGCUUUUCUUCCUCCGUCCAAUGGUUUCUCCCAAUGACAUAAUAACAGCAUGCUAGCAUCUCUCUCCUAUACAGCAAAAUACCCCUGGAUAUAAAACGCCAUUUCGCAGACUCCUCUCUGGCCGGUGCCACCAACAGCCCACUGCUGGGUGGGGGAGACCAAGGCAGAGACCGUCUCUCACCUCCCCCAGAGAGAGAGACACCUUCGGAAAGCAGACCUUUAUUAGCAAGAAAUCAUAGUUACGGAGCAAAUAGGCUGUAUAUCAAGCCGGGUCAGGGAAACUGAGAGAUCCUCAGCGUUCUGACUCCCCGAACCAAUGAGUGCCUAAAACCGAACAAUUGGAACACCAGCCCUCGCCCGAACUGAGAAGAAACCCAAAGAAGAAGAAGAACAGGAAGGCAAGAAAGCCAAGUGGAACUGAAGCGAACAAACACUUCCAAGGGGUUCUUGAAAACUUUUUGAAGCUGCAUAUAGAUUUUUAAAAGACUUUUCGGAGGCCCAAUGGUUUAGCAAGAAAAUAUCUUUGAAUGUGCUAUUUCAAACUCUCCAUAGGAUCUCCAAAAACUUAUCAGUGGUCACCUAGGGUCUUACUUCUCCUGGAGUCCCUCAUAGCCCUCUUGGCAUUUAUCAAUAGCUCUCCAGAAAGGAAGAGCUCCAGAAAAUCUUCAGUAAGUGUUUUGUAGUAGCCCACCAGAGCUCUACCAGUAGAUGCUCAGAUGUUAGCUUGAAGCAGCUUCUGGUGGCUUUUCACGACUUCUUCAGCAUUCAUUUGCCAGCGAUCCAGAAAUUCUCCAGAGUCUCUCCUGACUAUUUCUGACACUCCACGCUUUAAUAGCUACCGAAGCGUGGACCUUCGAACCGUCUCUCCCCAACAUCUUGUCAAUGCUUACUCGAAACUACUUCAUCAAUCAUCCACGCCUUUCCUAAACAUUCUCAACUGCUUUCUAAGAAAUCCCGUAGGAGGUUCCUACAUCUUUUCUAGACGCUUAACUUGAAGUUUCAUGUAGAACUUGUUCCUUUUAAAUAUCUGAAGAGAGGGCUUCCAAGUGAACUUAAAAUUCUAGAAGCAAUCCAGAAAACUCUGUCAACGUUCAUCACACGGUCUCUACCCACCCCAAGAACUUUGCAUCAGCUGUUAAGACCUUCUAGCCAGAUUCCACCUACACGCAGAAGUUGGAGCAGAAGACUCGUUUUCUUCCUCACAUCUUGUGUUCCAGGUUCUGUACACCAGAAGAAGAGGAAGCCAACCAUCAAAGGCAGUGCCUUCCUCCUCUGGUCCCUUGAAAGUAUCUUCGCCACUGGCCCUUGUGGCUGACAUCUGUCACCCCUGGCUUCAUUUCUCACUGCCAAGCUGGAGUCACUUAAACGCUGGAAUGAGGAAAGGAUGGUGUGGUGUGAAAAGGGCGUCCAGAUACUCCUCACCACCGUGGGGGCCUUCGCCGCCUUUGGCCUCAUGAUCAUUGCGAUUGGCACAGAUUACUGGCUGUAUGCCCGUGCUUUCAUCUGCAAUACCACCAACAUAACUUCUGAGGAAACUCCCCAGAAGGACAAGAAGGAUCCUGGGGGGCUCACCCACUCGGGCCUCUGGAGGAUAUGCUGUUUAGAAGGGCAGAGGCGAGGGGUGUGCGUGAAAAUCAACCAUUUUCCAGAGGACACAGACUACGAUCACGACAGCGCGGAGUACCUCCUACGUGUGGUACGAGCCUCCAGCAUCUUCCCAAUCCUCAGCGCCAUCCUGCUCCUGCUGGGAGGCUUCUGCGUGGCUGCCAGUCGGGUCUACAAGUCCAAGCGCAACAUUAUCCUCGGGGCUGGCAUCCUGUUUGUUGCUGCAGGUCUCAGCAACAUCAUCGGGGUCAUCGUCUACAUCUCAGCCAACGCUGGAGAUCCCGGCACAAAGCGCGAUGAUGAGAAGAAGAGCCACUACUCCUACGGCUGGUCUUUUUACUUUGGUGGCCUCUCUUUCAUUCUGGCUGAGAUGAUCGGGGUCCUGGCUGUCAACAUAUACAUCGAGAAGAACCGGGAAGCCCACUGCAAGAGUCGCACGGAGCUGCUGAAAAACCCUUCUUCCUCGUCUUCGGCUAUAUUGCGUCUGCCCAGCUACCGCUUCCGAUACCGCCGCCGGUCACGUUCCAGCUCCCGCUCCACCGAACCGUCGCAGUCUCGAGAAACCUCGCCCGUUGGCCUGAAGGGUUUCCCCUCCACCGACAUCUCCAUGUACACACUAUCGAGGGACCCCUCCAAAGCCAACGUCAGUUCACUCUAUGGCGGGGCCAGUGAAACAGCAUCGACGGGUGCGGCAGCAUCCGGGGCAACCGGUACCGGUGGCGGGUUCCUCCAGCUGCACAACACCUUCCCCAAAGACCCGGGUGUCACUGUCACAGUGACCGGGCCCGGUGUCGCAGGGGCUACUGGCACCCUGGGUAAAGAUGCCUCCUCCAACACCAACACGCUCAACAGGAAGACAACGCCAGUGUAAGGGUUAGAGCAAAGAGAGGAGAGGGCACAGGAAGGCAAUAUGAAGGGAAGGCACAGCUCAAAGUGUGAAGGGAGAGCGGGAAUGCUGUGAAGCGAGCAAAUAGUCCACCCGUGCAAACAUCUUUUUCUUUCUUUCUUUCUUUCUUUCUUUCUUUCUUUCUUUCUUUCUUUCUUUCUUUCUUUCUUUCUUUCUUUCUUUCUUUCUUUCUUUCUUU